ACUUUUUCGCAUACGCAUGAGACGGCGAGUACUUCACACACGUGUUUUUGCACUCGGCGCAGCGAUUGCUUCUAGUGACUCCGCUUUACGCGUUAGGAAUUUUGACAACGAUAUAAUUGAAUAAAGGAAUUAAUUGUGCGCACGUUUAGUUGCAGUGAGUGCAAGACUGUCGAAAAGACUAUAUCCUAUCAUCGUGUCGCGUCGCAUCUCGAUCCAACGCGAUUUCUGCAGGUGUGAUUGAAGGUUAAGUGUUGUUUGUUUACAUCGUCGAUUUUCAUCGACUGUCCCGCAAGACACCGUUCAAAAAUGGACAAGCAACGUAAAACGCGAAAGGAAUACUCGCGAUACACGCUCAACAGAUUCAUGCAUCCCCGAAACAGAUACAGAGUUCCGCCGAAUUUUAAAGAAUUGUGUGAAAAAAAUUGGGAAUUCAAAAAAUGCGUCUCCCUCAAACUCAAUGGAAAACUCACGAUAGAUUUUAAUAAUAAAUAUCACUUGAGAAUGCUAACGCAGGCUCUUUUGAAACAUGAUUUCGAUCUGCAAGUUACCAUUCCACGUAAUAAUUUAAUACCAACUUUGCCACUACGUUUGAAUUACAUUUUGUGGAUAGAAGAUCUUCUCAGACAUGCUGGUAUUCGUGAACUACACAAUGUUACCGGCAUAGAUAUUGGUACUGGACCUAUUGGAAUUUAUCCAUUACUUAUUCAAAGGAUGUUCAAGAGUUCCAUGGUAUGCACCGAUAUUAAUCCUGAUAGCAUCGAAUCAGCUAAGAAAAAUAUUAUCCAAAAUGGAUUAGAAACCAAAAUUAAAGUGUUCUGCGUAGACAAAGAUUCGAUACUUGGAGAAGUAAUGCAGCAAAAUUAUUAUGAAUAUGCAUUUACAAUGUGUAAUCCACCUUUCUUUGAAGAUAAGCCGGAGAAGAGAGAUCGAUGUGAUGAAAAAUUUGUUUCUGGUCAUGACCAUGAAGUCAGAGUCACAGGUGGCGAAGAAGAAUUUAUAAGACAAUUAAUGGAUGAAAGUUUAAUGUACAAAACCAAAAUUAAAAUAUACACAACAAUGUUUGGAAAAAAGAAAACUUUAAAAUUCAUAAGAGAACAACUAAAACAACGAAAUAUCACUAAUUUUGUUUGGACUGAAUUCUGCCAAGGUUACACAAAAAGAUGGGGUAUAGCUUGGUCAUUUAUCCCAAAAAAUAUGAUCAACUUCACCACUGCUCCAAGAAUACAAGUUAAAGAAGAAAAUUUGAAAAUUAAGAAAGAUCUACCAAAGAAAAUCUGUUUUCCAUCUCUGCCAAAUUUGAGUUGUAAGGAAGAAACAAUGGUUCGGCUGAAAAAAAUUUUUUCACAAUUAAAUAUUAUGGUGAAAGACUUACCAUCAAAAAGGUCAUCAACCGAUCAGGAUUAUUUGGCUUGUAAAUGCAUAGCUAAUUCUGAAUCUUGGACUGGCAGUAGAAGAAAACGGAGAAUGGCUAUGCGCAAAGAGGCUAUGAAAAGAGUACGAUUAGAAAAUACGGAAAACAGUGAACAAAUUGAUUGCGAACAACCAGAUUCUUUGUCAAUAUCUGGAUUAACAGAAAAUCAACAAGGUCCUAUGUCAAUAUUUGGAGGGCCAGAAAAUGAACAAACAGAAAACAUUGAGCCGUAUCUAGUCUUUAAAAUUUUUGUAACACAAAAAGUAGCAAAAUUAGUUGAUGAUGGUUCGGGCAAAUCCAACAAUUUUAAAGAUUCUAGCCAUUCUGAGGAUUGCUUCGAUGACGUGGAUUUCAGCGAUUCCGAGGGUUUCAGCGAUUCUAAGGAUUGCAGCAUUUCUAAGGACUGCAGCGAUUCUAAGGAUUGCAGAGAUUUUGAAGGUUCCAACGGUUCUGAAGAUUGCAGCGAUUCUGAAGGUUCCAGCGGUUCUGAAGAUUGCAGCGAUUCUGAAGGUCGCAGCGAUUCUAAGGAUUGCAGCAUUUCUAAGGACUGCAGCGAUUCUAAGGAUUUCAGAGAUUUUGAAGGUUCCAACGGUUCUGAAGAUUGCAGCGAUUCUGAAGGUUCCAGCGGUUCUGAAGAUUGCAGCGAUUCUGAAGGUUCCAGUGGUUCUGAGGAUUCCAGCGAUUCUGAGGAAUCCGACGAUUCUGAUGGUUCCAAUGAUUCCAAAGAUUCUGACUUGAGCCAUUUUAAUACUAAAUAUUCCGAAAAACCGUUUAUAAAAGGUACUUCAAAGUCAAAUAAAAGGAAACUUCAAAAUCAAAGUCAAAGUCAAAGUCAAAAAUUAAUUAUUAUUUAUAUAAUGUAUGAAGAAAGCCGGGGUGGUAAACAAGGUAUCGAGACGUUAAGGCAAUACUUAGUUAAUACGUUAAAUGUUAGACAAUAUUUUAUGUUGCAAAGUGCUAAUGAUUCUCUAACUGCAAAAAUACAUAAAGAAAUGAAACAGAAACGAGAAAGAAUAAAAAAAGAAAAAUUAACAGCAAAAAUGUUAAGACUUCAACAGAGUCGGGAUCGAAAUUUCUGACCAAAGAAAAAUUGUUUGAAACUUCGAAGCAAUUGUUUUAUAUAUAAAAUGAUUUAUUUAAUGUAAACAGUUUUUUUACCAAAUUACAUAACAGAUGACAAAUAAAAAUCAGAGAUCUUAUCAUUUUGAAUUAAUGCAUUAACUAGUAAUUCUGUAUUGUACAAUAUUUCUAACGAGUGCAUGAAAGAAACGAUGAUUAUUGAUUUUUUAUUACAAAAACGUUUAGCAUUGUACCAUGAAUCAAAUAAUUUCUCUAAAUUAAAUUUAUGAGUUUUAUCAAAUGGUUUGAUUUCAUAUUGAGUGAAAUACUAAGUUACACAUUAAUAUAUAAUAAAUAUUGACUGAUUUGCACUGUAAUCUACUUUCAACAAUUUUUAUGCAGCUUUAACAAAUAAUUAAGCCGCAGUCAUAUGUUUUCAACAGUCCUUCAAAAUUUCAUUAUAUUGUACAAUCCUAGUGUUGAGGCCAAUCAUUUCAUCACUAACGCGUUGAUAAAUUUCAUCGGCAUGCGAGUAGUUUUUCAAGUUUGAUGUACACAUAUCAAAAAGAUAUACUUAUUUAUAUCUUCAUUCAAAACGUAAAUAAAAUCAAAAUGAACAUUUUGGUAACAGUUACAUUAUCAACGCUAAUAGCUACCUACAAUACAUUGCUUUAUUGCUAACUGUAUCACUACUAUAACAGAAGUUUGAAGUUAUUGUUUAUUAUUUGGUUUAUCUGACGUUUUUUUUUAUCAUAGCAAACUAACUAUAUCACUUCAUAAUAUUUUAUG